AUGUGGAUCUUUCGGAUCUUCUCCUCAGCCCUCUUCCUCACCGCUAUCGUCCUCUCUAUCCCCUUAGCCUUCGAUGUCGGCGGCAGGACAUGUGGCCUAGGAUUCUCCCUCUCCCUGGCGGCCUUCUACUUCCUCUUCUCUCUGCUCAGACUCACCACCCCAGACCGCUCGUGGAUCCGAUACUCCCUGAUCGUCUUCAUCAGGUCAACGCAAUGGCUCAUCGUCCCCAUCGUGCUGAUCUGGUCGCUGAACCAUUUCUCCGUUGACGCUCCGGAUCAUCACCACUCGACGACGACGACGACGACGACGACGACGCAGCAGGCUGAAUGGAUUGGGCGCACGUUUGGCUGGAAGAGGGAGCAGGAUAUGUCCAUUGCUCGAUGGGUGUUUGGUGCGAAUGGGCUCGUUGAGAAUUUUGUUUUGGGCGGCUGGGAUAAGCUGUUAAGCUGGUCGACUCCGUUUUUCCAGUUGGCGGAAGGGUUCUGCAGUUUGCUUGUUAUUCAGGCUGCUGGGCAGAUUACGAGGUGGCUGGUUAAUAGAGGAGGGAGAAGUGACAGCUGGAUGAUCGGCCUUCUAGUCAUGUCCGCAUCCAUCAUCUCAAGCUCCGUCUACUUCCUCUGGCGCGUCCUCCAGUUCCCCGGCAUCAGCAACGUCGACGCAGCCCUGAUCGGCGUCGCCAUCACCUGUGCUGUCUUCCUUUGCGCCUGGGGCAUAGGCAGCGGUCGCGGAAACCCCGUCGAAAGCUCCCUCCUCUUCGCAUACAUCGUCCUGUGCAUCUACCAAAUAUUCACAGACUAUAAAUCAUCCACGCCCGUUACCAUCCCACCAGCAUCCCCCGCCGCACAGGCAACAGCAUUCCCCCCUUUACCCCCAAUCAUCAUGGCCUCCUACACAACCCUCCUGCACGCCCUUUCCACCCUACCCUCCAUCAUCCAUGCAGCCUUCAACGUCGUCAGCGCUGCAUUCAGCGCCGUCACACCCUCCAUCCUAAUCUCUCUCACAUACCGCCUCUUCGUGUUCUACGCAUCCACCAGGAUCAUCCCUGCGGUCCGCGAGUCUGGCGCCCGCGCACUGUCCCAGGAAGCCACCCUUGAGGAUUCCGAUGGCGCAGGCCGAUUUCUAGGCCUGCUGAGCUGGUUUUCUCCCUCAAUACUCGUUGCAGUGUAUACAAGUUUGCUCAUGCAGCAUUUCGCUUCGACCUCGCAGGCGAUGGGUGGGAAUGGCGAGUGGUGGAGCAACCGCAAUGACGUUGGAGGGAAUUUUUGGAGAUGGAUCAAUCUGGGCUGUAUGAUGGGUUUGUAUGCAGUCGAGUUGUGGUUGGGCAAACAGGAUGACCUGGACGCUGGGCUUGCGGGGCAUUGGAAGACGGAUUGA